UUGCAAUUAUACAGAGAAAUGGUUCUUGCAGAAGGAAAGGUAAUGUUAGUAGCAGUACUAGACACUGGGAAGGUCGAGCUUGUACACCAUGUUGAUGGACAAGGACUUGACUGCCGUCUGUCGGCUUAGUACCCUUCUGUCGGGAGAGUAGCAGCAUCAAACACCAUCACCAGUGAUCUACCUGGUAAACAGGUAAAUUGCCUCCUGGCUUCAUCUGAACCUGCAGACCCAGUCAUCAUGCGAGUCCUUCUCAUCCUUUUGGUCGGCCUGCUCGUCGUGGGGGAGGGGACGUGCUUCCUUAAUGAUUUGUAUAAAGAAAGGUCAAUGCCGUCUGAGCGUUUUCUCUCAACAGGAGACAGGAAAGCCCGUGCCAUCGCUUCGUUAUUUACGCCUGGGCGUGCUCUCCCAACAGGAGAUAGGAAAGCCCCUGUCACCGGAAAGCCAGUUCUGCUUAGUGCAUUGCGAAAGGAUGGGGGACGUCGUUGGGGCCCGAUUCCAGUGAACUGAGUCGUGGAGAUCAUCACAAUAUCAAUCAGCUGAUUGAUGUAAUUUCCUUUCCUGCUCCUUUUCUUUUUUCUUGUUUUUUUUUUUUUUGAAAAGCAAGAACGAUGUUUAGGAAAAUUAUAACAUUUGUUUCUACAAAGUGAACUGUCUUUUUCCACUAUAAUACAGCCAAGGAUUAUUUCAAAAUCUCUUGAUAAUAAAAAGUUAGGAUGUUCCCUA